GGGGCGCGUACAGGGCGAACACUGUAGAACAAUAGUAAUAAAGGUGAUGAAGCAUCUUGAGUCCUCGGCGCUGCCUCGUGGGAAGGGCUUUUCGGAACCUGGACACCCCGCAGGGCUCCUCCCCGUGUUGUCGGCAUGGCUGCGGGCGAAUCCCUUCCGAGGCUCAAUUUCCUGGACUGUAGGAUGGGGGGAAUGGUGGUGGUUCUUGCCAGGCCCGGACCUCCCUUCUCAAGAUCGUUUGAGGGGCUCUGCUCGGAAAAUGGAGUCCAGGCUACUUUGUGAUCCUCAGAGUAACGGAGGAAUGGUGUUCCUGUGGAAAAGGGUGUAGAGCCGCCGACACUGGAAGGCUUAAGGAGGGUGUUGAGGGCUUGGCAGAACAGAGAGAGACUUGGAGGACUGCCUAUGGCUGCGGUAGCAGUAAGAGAAGCUCUCAGAAGGUGCACAUUUCUCCUUGUUCAUUUUUAAGCAGCUUCGAAAGCUGCUGUUGAUGAUGCCUGAAGUUGCUUUGGAGGGAGAAAGCCAACAGUGAGAUCAAGAAUUGUUCUCUAAUGAUCUUGCUUCACCAUGGCUACAAAUAUGGAGGGGCUGGUUCAGCACAGAGUGGGGACCCAGCAGGUGGCUGAGGUACCACGGACACAGACCUCUCGGCCGGAAUCUCCAGGGAUGACCAGCCCCUCCCCGCGCAUCCAGAUAAUCUCCACCGACUCUGCGGUAGCUUCACCUCAGCGAAUUCAGAUUGUGACAGACCAGCAGACAGGACAGAAGAUCCAGAUAGUCACCGCAGUGGACGCCUCCGGAUCCCCCAAGCAGCAGUUCAUCCUGACCAGCCCAGAUGGAGCUGGAACUGGGAAGGUGAUCCUGGCUUCCCCGGAGACAUCCAGUGCUAAGCAGCUCAUAUUCACCACCUCGGACAACCUUGUCCCUGGCAGGAUCCAGAUCGUCACGGACUCUGCUUCUGUGGAGCGCUUGCUGGGUAAGGCCGACGUCCAGCGGCCACAGGUGGUAGAGUACUGUGUCGUCUGUGGCGACAAAGCCUCUGGUCGUCACUAUGGGGCUGUCAGUUGUGAAGGUUGCAAAGGUUUCUUUAAAAGGAGUGUAAGGAAAAAUCUGACCUACAGCUGCCGGAGCAACCAAGACUGUAUCAUCAAUAAACACCACCGGAACCGCUGUCAGUUUUGCCGGCUGAAAAAAUGCUUAGAGAUGGGCAUGAAGAUGGAAUCUGUGCAGAGUGAACGGAAGCCCUUUGAUGUACAACGGGAGAAACCAAGCAAUUGUGCUGCUUCAACUGAGAAAAUUUAUAUCCGGAAGGACUUGAGAAGUCCUCUGAUAGCUACUCCCACGUUUGUGGCAGAUAAAGAUGGAGCAAGACAAACAGGUCUUCUUGAUCCAGGGAUGCUUGUCAACAUCCAACAGCCUUUGAUACGUGAGGAUGGUACAGUUCUCCUGGCCACGGAUUCCAAGGCUGAAACAAGCCAGGGAGCUCUGGGCACACUGGCCAAUGUAGUAACCUCCCUCGCCAACUUAAGUGAAUCCCUUAACAAUGGUGAUGCUUCGGAAAUGCAGCCAGAGGACCAGUCUGCGAGUGAGAUUACUCGGGCAUUUGAUACCUUAGCUAAAGCACUUAAUACCACAGACAGCUCCUCCCCUCCAAGCCUGGCAGAUGGGAUAGACGCCAGUGGAGGAGGAGGCAUUCAUGUCAUCAGCAGAGACCAGUCCACACCCAUCAUCGAGGUCGAAGGUCCCCUCCUCUCAGACACUCAUGUCACAUUUAAGCUCACCAUGCCCAGCCCAAUGCCAGAGUACCUCAAUGUGCACUACAUCUGCGAGUCAGCAUCCCGCCUGCUUUUCCUCUCCAUGCACUGGGCCAGGUCAAUCCCAGCGUUUCAGGCACUUGGGCAGGACUGCAACACCAGCCUGGUGCGGGCCUGCUGGAAUGAGCUCUUCACUCUGGGCCUGGCCCAGUGUGCCCAGGUCAUGAGCCUCUCUACCAUCCUGGCGGCCAUUGUCAACCACCUACAGAACAGCAUCCAGGAAGAUAAACUUUCUGGAGACCGGAUAAAGCAAGUUAUGGAGCACAUCUGGAAGCUUCAGGAGUUCUGUAACAGUAUGGCCAAGCUGGAUAUAGACGGCUAUGAGUAUGCAUACCUUAAAGCUAUAGUUCUCUUUAGCCCCGAUCAUCCAGGUUUGACCAGCACAAGCCAGAUUGAAAAAUUCCAAGAAAAGGCACAGAUGGAAUUGCAGGACUAUGUUCAGAAAACCUACUCAGAAGACACCUACCGAUUGGCCCGGAUUCUCGUUCGCCUGCCGGCACUCAGGCUGAUGAGCUCCAACAUAACAGAAGAACUUUUUUUUACUGGUCUCAUUGGCAAUGUGUCGAUAGACAGCAUAAUCCCCUACAUCCUCAAGAUGGAGACAGCAGAGUAUAACGGCCAGAUCACCGGAGCCAGUCUAUAGUGCGCACCACACACCUGCCGAGAAGCAAAAGGAUCCUCCCAGGACCGCUCAGAUACAGAGAAAAAGUAGUGGUAUUUUGGUAUGUGCAAAUAUUUCCAGUAUGUUAGCCAUUUCCUACCUGGUUUCUUCUUAUCUGUUAAUCCCAGACAAUAGCAACUAAAAGACUAGUAGGAUCCUUUCCUGCCAUAAGAAAUGUUUUAAUGCCUUUUGAUGAAGCAGAUUUUGGAACAAUCUUUUAACCCAAUUUGUAAAAUUUAGAAAUUCUCAAAGGGCAAAAAACAGAGUUUUAUAAUGUCAGAGACUAGUAUUAAACAAAACUAAAAGAACCUAAGAGAACAGUAUGUGUGUAUAUAUAUUAAAAAUGUCCUUGGAAUUAAUAGCUACUAAUUACCAGGGUAAUAAUAUUAGCACUUUCUAAGCACUUCUUAUCAAUGCGUAAUGUUAGCAACAUCUUGCCUAUGGGCAGGACAAAUGGAAAACUGUAUAUGUCUUUUGCUGAAAUGCUAAUAAUUUCUGUGAAAACGCACUAGGGUACAGGAGACAAUCAUUUAUGUUUAAGAAAAGAUGGCAUCAUUCCUAAUUGUAUGCACACAUUGGUGGUGUUGAACUAAAUUCCUAUGAACGAAUGAAAAUGUGGCUCAUGUGUAUCAUGCAGUAAGUGGGAGUGUGGAAGCACAGUCGGUGGUGACCUAAACCGGAAGCUUCCUCAGCUGUUGAGCUGAUGAUGCUUGUCAGGCUCACUGAGCUCUGGUUCUAGUCUGUGACUGGCCUCUGCAGACUCCUCCAAACCUGGGGCUCUCUUCUCAUGACUGGUUCUCAGAAUUGGAUUGCAGCCAGUCAGACCUUAACUGCCACUUCCUGUGGCAACCGAAAACGUCCCCACAUCACCACCCCUCACGGCAGACAGAGCCUCUGACUAAACAGUGCAAGGUGGGCAUUUUGAACCCGAUAGCAAUUCCGGAAUGCAGUCUGGGGCAGUUGCUUGUUCAGUUGGAGGAAUACAAAGGUUCCCUUCUCAGGGGUUCCCAUUCCAAACGUCCCUUAGAGAAGGGCCUGUAUUCCUGUGGUUCACUUGAGCCUGGAGGUGAUUCAGGGUGGGGGAGGGGUGCAGGAUUUUGCUGCCUGGCAGGGUGGCGGCGGUGGCCGUAUGGCUGGAUGGAGGGUUUCUCUGUUGACCUCAAGUGUAAGGGUUUUCCAAAGUGUCUCCAGACUCCGCAUUUCUGGUGGCAAGUCUUUGAAUAGUACUGGUACACCAUGCACUUUGAUUUCCCCAGGUGUGUGCCAGCAAGGAACCCGGGAGCAUUUUAGGUGAUAGACGCAGAAGCAGGCCACCUGCUCCUUAAAAAAAAAAAAAAAAAAAAGAAAGAAAAAAAAAACCUUAACUCCCAAGUUACCUUCUUUCUCUUAAUCUAUAGCGACCAUCGUUACAAGAACAGAAGGCAGUCAUAAGGAAGUUCUGUCUAGUGCUCUUAAGAGCACCAUAAAUUCCUAAGGGUAUAAGCAGCAGACAUUUCCUGCUUGAGUGAAGUGGCCUGUCCAAGACCAGGUCAGGAACUCUUGGUUUCCUCGGUGCAUAACCCAGAUUAAGGGAACAUGGCUCGAGUUAAUUUUGCAUCUCCCAGACCUUCUCAUCAGAUGGCACCCACAGAGACCCCGGUGCACUUGCCCUGCUCACAGGCACCCCCUGGUCUGGCCCAGGCCCUUGUCAGGGCCCUGUAGGUAGCCAGCCGGCCCCUGGCUUAUGACAGAACAGACUGCUCUGUGCUGAAGUGUCAACAGCACUUGGUGAAAGUCGUUAGUGGGAAUUAUGCAGGGACAGUAUCUCCAGCUUCUAAAUUCCUGUUUGGAUUUAAGCAUAUUAUUUAUAGUCCAUGUCUUGGAAGCAAAUUUUGGACACAAUAGGGGUGCCCGUUAUAAAAUGAUGGAAAGAAUUUAAUUUUGCCAGCUUAAGUUUUUGGUUUUCUGACUUCAAGGUGAUUUAAAUUUCAAAAUUAGGAGAAAAAACAAGCCAAGACAACAGAGUUAGGGCAGGUCUGUUUCAUUUCUGCUCACGAAGGAUUUUAGCAGGAGGUAGUUUUAACUGUGUUUAUGCAUCUUACACAGCAAGUUGCCUCUUUCCUGUUCUUUUUAUUUUUUUUAACGUAAGCAUGUCUGUAGAUCAUAUAGCAGGUCCCUGGGGAUACAUGCUAUGUCGAGUCUCCCAGAUCUGGGUGUUGCAGGAAAGGCCCAGCCCUCAUUCCUGGGGGUGGCCCUGAGAGUGGUGUGUCCAUUCAGCUGGUAGACUCAAGGUGGCCUUUCAGGUAUGGGGACAGCUAAGCCAAGACCUCAGCUGGGGUCCCAACAACACUGCUAAAGGGUUUUGGGGUAGAGGUGAUAACCAGCAAGAACACUCAACAUUCUGGCGAGUGAGUGCUGCAUUCUGGCAGGACAGCCCCAGAGAAAAAUCACUUUAGCUUGGAGGGUCAUUGAUUCUGACCCAUUCGUGCCCCUUGCGUCCCUUCACUGGUGGUGGCUGAUUGCAGCAGACCUUUUGGGGCCUUAAACACUCAUUAGUUUCCCAGAUCCUCUCGGCCUUACUCUGAAGUAACCUCUUCCCUAAGGAUCAUGUUCACACAAGCUGAUUUCUUGCUGCCCCAAAGCAUUUCACACCUCCGACAGCAGCUCCAUCCAUCCUGUCUUGUCACAUUGGUUAAGAGAAGCCCAAAGUCAAGAAUUGAAUUGAACAGGAUCCCAGGCAGAUCCUGAGGUUCAGCUUUCACAAGUCUUUUACCCCUUAUUAGUAGUUCUUAGGAGUCUAGAUUUGGUUAAGUAAGGCCAGCCUUCUACCCAUGGAGUGUGAGUGAAAUGAGCCCAGAGUGGAUUCUUCAUCACAGCCUGCACACACGCCCCUUCUGCUAGCCUGGCCCUUACCCCCUUGUCGGGGGAAGUCCACUGGCUAAAGGGAGAGCAGUACACACCACUGCUGCUCGAUGGCGUGGGCUCUUCCAGAGGGGUCUCAGAUAAUGUUAGACAGGUAUUAAAAUUAUGGAGGUCAUUACAUAGAAUCAUAAAACCGGACAGGAAGAGACUUAGAAAAAGUCCAAAUUACGCAAGCCAAUGAUACUUCCCAGGUAUUCCGCCCUUCUAAUUUGAGAUUUGUAUGUGUGUCUCUUGGGGGGUUACUGUUAUUUAUUAUCUAAUUUCUGCCAUGAAGCUGGGGUUGGGGUUCUUUUGUUGUUUGGGGUUUUAUAUUUAAUUUCAGGUGUAGUCACUUGUUGUAAGAGGUUAUGUAAAUGCCCUCAGGGGGAUCAUUUUCUGGCUUGUCAGUAUUAAAUGUGAACUCUGUUCUGAGGCAGUUGCCACCAGCCGUGGUGAGAGCAGUGGGCGCACCUUCUCUUGGGCUCCCAGAUAAGUGGCUGCAUCUUGCUGGAGCACAUGGUUGCAGCCACAGUACAUACUUAGCAGCUUUGCUUGUUCUGGGGAUAGCCGGGGCAGGGAGCUAAGAAUUAGAAGGGCUAUAUCUAGUGCUUUUAAUCUGGGGUGGGACCCACAUCCUAAUCCUUUGGGGGAGUUUCCAGUAGAGCAGUCUUGCCCCAGCCUGCCCUCUGCCUGCCAAGCAAGCAGCCCUUUGCAAUGGGUCCAGGUUCCAGGACGUGAUCAAAUCACAGUCCAGAGCUUGUUGCCCACUUGUCCGUGGAAGGGGCCUCAUGUGCAGGGGCAGCUGUAGAUAACAUUUCAACCCUUUUCAAAGUCUAGGCCAUGAAAAGUGUCAUCUUCAGACGUUUGCUUUUCUCCCAGCUGCAAUGGGGCGGGGGCGGGGGGGUAGUGCCCUUUAGAUCCUGGAAAGGUUGGAGCAGGCAGGGCAGAUGCCCACAUACUCCUUUGUCCCACUUCCAGUCUCUAGAUUGUACGGCUCUUUGAAAUGUCUUAACUUUGAUGUAAAUUUGUAAAGCCAAGCCCUAAUCGAGAUAGAACGGGUUUGGGUCUUUUGUACACAGGGUUCUGGACAUCCUCACGUGUGCCUCCCGCCAGUGCACACUUGGUGUGUCCAGCCCUGGGGUCCCUUCAGCGGCAUUGUGCGUGUACAGAUUUAUAGGCUUGUAUGACUGAAUGAAUGUACAUGUGUUUAUAUCCUAUAUAUGUACAGUGUAUAUAGUGUGUGUACGUGUACAUAGAUGUAUAUUAUGUAUACAGACAUGUAGCCAUGUAUCCAAAGUUUCCUUAUGUUUUAAAGAGAGUCUAUGAUAGAGUCGCUAAAGUAAAUCUAUGCGGAUGUUCCAAGGUCCCUCAGCAGGAUGGAUUUGCCAUUUUGACUCCAAUUUCCCUUGGGUGCGCCUGGCUGGGAAAGGCCACCGAGGCAGAACCUCCACUCUGUGCCAGGGCAGGUGCCGGACAGCAGAGGCCCGGACAGGAGGACGUUGCUGUGUAUUCUCCGGGUUCGGACCAUGGCCAGAAAGCUAGAGGACCACUUAUCCUAAUGUCGAAAACUGGGUGGGGAUCUUGAGCCGGCUGCCACGUGCCUGGGUUGGCCUAACUGGAAGGAACGAGGUGCUUGGAGCGGUCCGCCUUCCCAGGCCCGCGCUGUCACGUGGUCCAGAGGUUCCGCGAGGGCUGUGCUGGGGCCCCGACUCCCAGGUCUACGCUCGCUCUGGACUUAGCAAAGGCGGGUGCUGCCCUGUGACUCAACAGAUUCCCAUCUCUAAUGCGAGUUGAAAAAAAGCCUACCAAGUAGUCUUUUAAAAUAAGCAUGAAUAUGGUAACUUUUGGCGUAGAAGUUACAAAUUUUAAAUUACUUCUCUAACUGUAGCAUGUGAAUAAAACCCACUAAUGUAAAUUCUUUCUGUAAAAUGAUUUAAAAUUUUCAGAUAAAAAUGACAUUUUAAUAUGGCUAUUUGUGCCCUUAAAGCUACAGAUGCCAAAUUGUCCUUGUCCAGGUCUAUCCUGGUUGAUUUUCCCCCGUAAUUGGGCUUUAAACAGAGGCAUGGCGCUCGGGAACCAGGGCCCAGCGUAGCUGCUUCCAGACCUGGUGAGCGGGGCCCGCCGAAGGGAGUCCCUGGACAGCUGCAAAAACUCACAUAAUCCACAGCUUUUCUGGUUUCAGUUUUUGGUUGUUUUUUUAAAUAAGCUACUGAAAUGUUUGAAAACACUUCAUUGAGAUCAUAGUACUCAGUGCCUUUUGUGAGACGGUGGGUCAUUUAGCCUUCAGCUUCCUCUCUAUUGGAUGAAAAAAAAAAAAAAAAAAAAAAGCUCCUGCUACUUCCCUGGCCUCAUCCAACAGUGUGCAUUUGACCCUUGCCCCUGUCCUCGCCUGUCACGACAAUCACACUAUUAUUGAAGGUGGCUUUCCAGUUAAAAUAUAAGAGGAAGCCUGACAGUCUCUAAAUGAAUCUUCAAAAUAAAAAUUCUCAUUUGGUGGGGGAGUGGGGGAUCUUAACAGCAAUCUAAGAAUAAUUAAACUUUGAAUUAAAAACAGUUAGGGGUGGGGAAUGCCUGAGAUAUAUCUAAGGCCCAGCUAUACCUUCAGUUCAGAAGCCAAAUAUUCUGGUAUCUCAAUAUUUAUACAUACAGCAUAGAAAAAAAUGCUAUAAACAUUGGGAAAAAAUGUUCGGCGACAUUUACCGACAGACUAUGAUAAACUUAAUAUUUGGAUAACAUUUGGAAGUAGUAGACUUUAUGUUACAAAUGGCUUGUCUUAGGAACAUAUACUCAAUUACCAUUUUAACGACCAGAGCAUCCAUGGACUCAGAUGCUGCCGCCACAUACAACUCAAGUGCUGGAAUAUUUUUCUACGGUCUCCGUUCUCCCCAUUCUCUUGUAAACCAGUGUUCAACUAGUUUUAUAACUGAAAAGCUGCACAUUUUUCAUAGUACAUAGUUUUUACCUGCAGUUUGGACCUCUCUGUUAAAAUUUAGCUGCAUUUCCAGCCCUUUUAAAAGACAUGUUAAAGGAAAAUUCGGGUGUUAGAUUUUUGUGGGACCGUUUCUGUAACUUCUGCCCUUCACGAUAUAGAAAAAUACUGUUUAUGCCAUUACAUUUUAAUUCCAGGUUUAAAACCUGUGGAAAGCUGUAGCUUAAAAUCAGCUUUGUUUAUGUGAUGGCAUUUAAAAAAUAGCAUGUUCUUUUUAAACUGAAUUUUAUAAUCAAUGUCUUCAGUCUUGAAGAAGAAUUUGCAUUGUUGUGUUUGUAUAUAGAGUAUUGCAGUGCAUGAAUUAGCUUUAUGCAUUUUAUUAAAUGCUGUUUCAAUGUGGCAUUAUUGUUGUGGCUUAAUACUACUACCUAAAUGAGGUUUAUACUAUUAAAAAAGUGAGUUAAAGACUAA